UCUGUCUGAAUUCUGUAUCUAUGGUCAAAAAUUAUUUUCAUACUUUGAUAUUUUUUGCCUGUAUAUUGCGAAUUGCGUUCCUGAGAUAUGGCUGAUGAAAAACUUUGUCAUAAAACAUGUGAUAGACGAUUUGAUAACAGGAAAAAAGAAAUUGAAGAAGUAGGCUCUGUUUUAUCGUCUGAAUCAUGUCAAAAGUGUUGCUCGUUUAAUUGGGUAGAUGUCACUCAAGAGUUUUUUAAAGCAACAGAAGAAUUACAGCUUGGAGAACUGCUUCAUGAUGAUAUGUUUGGGCUUUUUGAAGCUAUGUCUGCCAUUGAAAUGAUGGAUCCAAAAAUGGAUGCUGGUAUGAUGUGCAAUCGGGGGAGUAAAAAGGUUCUGAAUUUUGAUCAGGCACUGAAGGCAGGUAAACUGAAAAUCAAAGAUCUGACAGUUGAAGAACAAAUAGGUAUUAUCGAUGCUACACUUGCAUGCUUGGUCACUUGGUUAGAAGGUCAUUCUUUAGCUCAGACUGUAUUUACGAACUUAUAUCUCCAGAAACCUCACCUGGUUGAAGAUAAAAUAAUUGGAGCGUUUAGUAUUCAUUCUUUGAAAUUGCUGGAUGCUAUCAGAGAAUUUAUUAAUAAAGCUGGAGUUUUUGAAGAAGAAGAUUUUCAACCAGUUAUGUAUGGUUACAAGCUAGCUAAUGAAGUCCCUGAAGGGAAGGCCACUGCUAUGAUGAAAGAAGUAGAAGAAGAAUUAUUAAAGAAAGUUAAGCUUACUCGAUCUAAGCCCGGUGAAGAACAAGAUAGUGAAAUUCAGCUUCAGCAUGAAGAUGCUGUGGCUCUCUAUUCCAGAAUAAAAUUCUGUCGUCUUUUAUAUCAAGCUCUUCUCUUAUUUCAGAAGAAAAAGUGUUUUGCGGUUGAAGAGGUGGAUCGAUAUUUACUUCAAUGCAGUGAAAUAAUUCCAAUAAUUGAGAAAACUAUUCACUUAGGCAUAAGGCCGGAUCCAAAUGCAGAGAGCAGCAACAGAGCUGACUACCCAACAAUUUUGGGUUUUGAACCUUUAGUGAAUCAGCGCUUACUUCCUCCUACUUUUCCUCGCUAUACAAAGAUAAAGACUCGGAAAGAAUCAACAGAAUAUCUUGCAUUGCUGGUUUCACGCCUCAGGACUAUUUGUAGCAUCACUGAGUGCACUGCUUUUCAUUCAGCUUUAGAUUUUUUAAAUGAGUUCAGUAAAACUUCUCCUUGUGUACUCUCCAGAUCAGUACUUCAGUUAUUGUAUUUAAGUGACCCUGGCAAAGUUUUAGGUUCAAUGCACAUUGUGGACGUGCUAAGGGAUGCAAUACGCACAUUCAUAAGGCCACCUGCUUUGCAGCCCAGAUCUCCCUUGAUGUUAAAUACCCAAGCAAAGGAAUAUGUUGACAGCUUUUUAGGACACUGUGUUCGUCCAUUUUGUACUUUAGUACAAAUAUCUGGGCACAACAGAGCUCGGCAGCGAGAUAAACUUUCCCAUUUGCUAGAAGAAUUGGCUGCACUUCAAGAAGAGGCUGAUAAAGUAGAUGCUUAUCUUCAUAAUCUGUCUUUAAAGUCAGACAAUCCUUGCCCUCACCUGGCUUGCUUUGGCACAUGGGUGUUGUAUCAUACACUGAAAGUUAUGAUACAGUAUGUUCUUUCUGGAUUUGAAUUAGAGCUUUAUUCUAGUCAUGAAUAUUCUUAUAUAUUUUGGUAUUUAUAUGAGUUUUUAUAUGGUUGGAUGGUCUCUGCAUUGUCCAGAGCUAAUAGCUUCCUAAAUGAGCAAGAUAUUAAAGCAGACCAGUUCUUGCAAAAAGGAAGAAACACGAAAAGAAACAAAAAGAAGAAAAGAGUUCAGCCUCAUAAAAGGGAAAUCAUCUUAAAUCAAGCAUUGCAGAAUUUAUGUGGUGGCUAUUAUAAGGCUGUUACAGGAUUCAGUUUGGAUGGCAAACUUAAAUGUCCAUGUGUAGCAUUUGAUAAUGAAAGAGUGAGAUAUGAACAUCGUUUUGCACCCUUCAAUUCUGUGCUGACUCCACCUCCAGUUCCUUAUUCUCAGUUUAUAGAAAUGACUGAUCUUGGACAGUAUAGGCCACGUCCAUCUCCUGAAGACCUUUAUAUGGACGCCUGUAAAUGUUUUCAUCAUGCAAGGACUAAUAUUGAAAAUAUCACAGAUCCAAAUGAAGAAGUGUUAAAUCUACUGAAAGUAGCAAAAACAAAUUUUAUUGUUAUGAAGUUACUUCUGAGUGGUCAUAAAAAGCGAUCAAAAGACACUCCGGAAUUUGAUUUCACUGUGCAUAAGAAUUUUCCAAUAAUCAAAAUAAUAUGAAUCACUCGAUCAUAACUUAGGUAUUUUUAAUAUUUGUAUAAAAACUUAAUAAGCAGUUUUGUUCACUUCUGUAUCUAAACUGUAAAUGAUACGUGUAUUUAACUUGAAAAAUAAACUGCUUAUUUAUUUGAGUAUGAUUA